AUCUCCACCAAAUCUAGAAUCACAUACACAUAUUCAUACUACAAUGUUUUUGGAUUCCCUUACUAAUUGGGCCGACUUCUCAGUUGGGCUGGGCCGUCCACAUGGUGGGGCCUUUUUCCCAACUAUGAAUAAAUAAAAGACGACGUCGUAUUUGGUUUCUCCAGAAAUCAUUCAGAGAUGGGCAGCACCUCUGCCACAGCACCACCAUGGAAGCACCUUCUUCUCAAUUCUCUCAGCUCGAAUUCCCACCUCAAGCACGCCAUCUACCUUCAACUCGCGACAGUUGGACCAAAUGGCAGACCCUCAAAUCGUACCGUCGUCUUCAGAGGUUUUGCAGAUAACAGUGAUAAGAUACAAAUUAACACCGACUCCCGAACCCGAAAGAUGGAAGAGCUAAGGCAUUGCCCAUUUGCAGAGAUAUGCUGGUACUUUACUGAUUCAUGGGAGCAGUAUCGAAUAAAUGGAAGAGUAGAUGUCAUUGAUGCAUCAAAUCCCAAUCCAGAUAAGCUUCGGCAAAGAGAGAGAGCCUGGUUUGAGAGUUCACUGAGGUCAAGAAUGCAGUAUUUAGGACCUAGUCCCGGACUUCCUUCUCUGAACGAUCAAUCAUCUCAAGAGCCUACAUUGGAUCCUUCUGCUGGUCCAGUUGAUGCAUUUUGCCUGCUUGUUUUGGAUCCCGAGCAGGUUGACAUCUUGAACUUGAAGAGCAAUAGAAGGCUAGCAUUUGCGUCCCGAUGCAGCAGCAUCAAUGGAGAGAAGACUUGGACAUCAACUGAGAUCAACCCGUAACUCGUACAUACAGUUGAAAAUUUACCAAUUCAAACCACAAUACACUUGUACAAAACUGAUAUGUCUUGAGAUAUUCAGGGUGGAACUCUAAGAGCAUAUACGUAUGCGGUACUCUGUCUAUUUGUGAACUUCAAUAAAAAAAUAAAGUGAGAAUUUAAAUCAUAAAUGGUAAGUUUGUGA